UAUGCUGUAAUUAUGUGUCAAAAUUUACGUUGAGCCCCAUCAUAUUUUAAGCGCUUCCUAAUCCAAAAUGGAUGUAAGGGACGUGCUGGAUUCAUUUGGCGGCCACAGCUCUAAAAGGAACCAUCCAAGGACUGACCUCAUAACGAAACCACCCAAAAAGUUGCACCCUGUCCAAGACAAACAGAGGCCUAACGCGAAACUACCACAAGAGGAAAACAAUUGGAUAAAUGAUCUGUUCAACGAACUGAACGAGGUUAAUACGAAACCGCAAUCCAGCAAAGGCACGAAAAAGAAACUAUGUCUGGAGCCUGACCUUUUAAUCCGUUUGGAGGAGUUGCAUACAAUAAUAGGAAGUACUAUAGAAAAAAUAAAGGGUGGUAAUAACAUUAUCGAGGUGGAGCCUUCUGAGGAGUCAGUAAGUGUUUCUGAGGAGUUUUAUUGCGGCCAAAAUGCCGCAGUUAAUAAACAAGAUACCGGUAAUCCAGCAAAAAGAAUAAUAAAUCCGUUACAGAACAAAAGUAAUUUUGGCAUGAUUGAUGAUCAUAAAAGUUGUAUUUGUGAUGGAGGCUCCAGAGAAAGAGCACGAAAAAGCGACAACGUGGCACGCCUAAAUCUUGCAUCGUAUUUGAUGGAGGGACAUACCAAUGGAACUCACGAAAUUGAUAUACAACAGUGUGGAGAUUUUCGGCAAUUAGAGAGCCGUAAUGCAAUGGUGCCUAAAAGGAGAUCUUCUUGUCUGGACAUUUCGAAAUCGUUCAAACAAAAUAGAAAUAUAUGCAUUAUAAAUCAUUCAGUGAAUAGCCCCCACGAAUCCAUAAGGAUAGAAGUGAAAGAUAAUGAGUGUAAUAGACCACAAAGUUGUCCAAAAUAUCUUCCUUCUAAUUCCACUAUAGAUGAGAACGGUUUUGGAGAUGAAAAACCUCUAUCGUCUGUCUCUUCCACUGUUGUCAAAGAUAUGCUUGCACGAUGUAUGAAUGAUUUGAAGAAGAUACAUAAGUAUUUUGCACUAAAAGAACUUGAAGAAAAUAAGUGUUGUGGUGAUGAGACUUGUAAAAAGUGUGGAAAAGCUAAAAAAGUACAAGAAGAAGAAGAAGAGGUACCACCUGAAAUCAUAGCAGAAGAACCUGAAAUGAGAAGUAAUAAAUCACAACACAGCCAGGGAAGCAAAAGAAGCCCGCCGAAGAAAAAAGAACGGGACCUGGAUCAGGAGAGUAAACUAGUGAUAUCCAUAAAAGGCACAGACGAAGAAAAGGACGUAAAAAUCAUCAUUCGCCAGUGCUUAGACUGCAAACGAGCAAUCACACAAUACAACGACAACCGUAACAUAAACGUAACCGAUCCUAUAUCAACCAGCAUUCAUGAUCUCUUGUCGAUUUUGAACGAAAAUAAAUCGAAUAGAAGGAAGGGCGAGGACCAAAAAAAUCUGGACGUUUAUAAUGUAAGUACUCCAUGCAACAGCAAGAGAAACUUAGACGAUUGUGAAGUUAAAUUGGAGGAUGAUGGACACAUUUGUCUUUUGACGAAUGAAGGACAAGAAUUUUUUAUUUCUCUGGAUGAAAAUUCUAAUCAAUUGCCAGAACGAUUACCUGUAAAAUGCUUAAAAAAGGUUGCAUUUCCAGAGAAACAAAGGAAGUGCAGACCUUUUCUGAAAUCACAUGUGUGUUCUUCCUUAAAUUUCAACGUGACAACUGCAGACACGAAGUUGAGAUACAAGGGUAUUGACCAUCCUAAACCCAGCAUAGUGGUGCAGUUGAGGGAAAUUGGUGUAAAUAAUUUAUUGUUAGCCAGCAAACCAGCAAAAUGCUGUAGAAAAGCGAUAUUGAAUGAAAGAAUGAAGAGGUCCAUGCCUUAUGCAGCCAGUCUUAAGUCUUUGCCAUUGGAUGAAAAGGAUAUACGGAUGAUCCAACAGGCAGUGAAAAAUAAAAUUAAAAAUACCAAUGGUCCGAUACAACAUAAUGGCGAGGCUGAGAACACUUAUCAUGUGUAUUAUUUAUUUAUCCAGAGUACUAGUCACAAAGGGGGCGAUAAAGAUAUUUCUGUUGAAAAAAUAAAUGAAAUUAAUAAAUUAAGUUAUUAUGUGCAUCUAGUAGAUGAUAUUAAAUAUGACAGCAAAAAGGAAUUUACUGUGAUGCAUUUUUCAACUGAUAUCAAGAACAUUAAAGACUUCUUUAAUUAUUUUAUUUACUUAGAUGAUAUACAUUAUCAUGAUAACAGAUAUAAUGUACUGUAUUUCAUCAAUUUCAAUGAUAACAAAGCAAAAAAACCUGUGAAGAACCAAGAUAAACCAAAGAACAAAUCUAAUGAUUCUAAAAUUCCAGUUUUGGCAACCAGGAAUGAUAAUUUAAGAGGUCAACGAAGGAAAAGCCUCGAAAUAAACAGAAAUAAGAAUAGUAAUUUAAAAUCACCUACUUUGUCUCUGUCCAAGAGGAGUAUUGUUUCACCCAGGGUAACGAAACUAAUAUCAAACGAAACUUGUAAAGCUGGUAGUGCAAAGAAGGAUUAUUUAAGAGAUGUUACUACAAAUGUAAACUCUAAAAUAAAAGUUACCAAACCCUUAACAACUAAUAUACAAGUACGUUCUGUAAAGGGUGGAAAGAAAGAGAACAUGAAGGAUGAUAAUUUAAAUGUUACAAAAAUAAAUAAGAACUUAUCCAAUGUUAAUAAUCAACGUAGUGACAAAAAGGACUCUUGUUUGUUAUCGAGUUCAACAGAAAGAAAAUAUAUAAUUCCAGCAAACUCUGUCAAAUUUCGAACGAAUUCUCCUGAGAGUAAAUCUGAACUCUGUAAAAUUUCUCCAGAAGACUCUUCCAUUUGUAAUUCAAACCUAGAAACUAUGAAGGAGUAUGACAUUGCAACAACCCAACUGCAAAAAUUUAAGAGUUAUUUUAAUGUAGAUUCGAAUGAUAAUUUUAAAACUAAACAUUCGCCCACGAAGGGUUCUAAGGACGAUGAACAUAUCUCUAACAGAAGUGAAAUAUCGAACAUUUCUUUGAAUUCUCGCACUUCAUUUCGAAAGAGAAAAAAGAAACGACAGUACAUGUGUAGUAGAUCGAGAUCUGCGCAAGGAAUUGACUGUUCUACAGCUUCAGCAACAUCCGUUGAAACUGUUCAAGAAGUGAAGAAAAAAACGGACGAAAGUGCUUUAUUUAAAGAUAAUGGGCGGGAAUUCAUUAUGAAUUUUUUGAAGGAAUUUAGCGGGAGAAUAAAGCAAAAUUUUAAAAAUUGUGAAAGUUCCACUACAUCUUUUCCAGCUAUUAAAGAAAUGAAACAGUUAAGCACGAACAAUGUUUUGAAGCAAACUACCAAGACUCAGCUAAGUAAGAGUGACAUCAAAACUAUUGAAGAUAUGCUUCUGAAAUUUCUGAAGAAUUUUGGAGAACAAGUUCAUGAAGAUUCGGCCUUCCAUACCAUGAAUAAACUUGUUAAUAGUUUUGUGAAAAAACGUAGAAAUUUUAAAGAUAUAUCCUCACCAAAAGUUUCUCAACCUAAUGUGGAUGCCUAUAUUGAAGAUGAAGAAAGGAACUUUAUUCAAAUUCAGCAACCGUUGAUGAAAACCAUACAAACCGAUCCAUCUAUCUUCCAAAGAACUAUAUCAUUACAAGUUCUGUUAUUUGAUGGGAUUUGCGAAAAUUAUUCGUUUCAAGUUUGUCCUAAACAAAUAUCUGGUAUUGCGAGUAAAGAUAAAAAUGAAAGCAUGGUGAAUGACAAAAGUGUUUUGUCGUAUUACAAUUUUAAAAUAUCUGAGGAAAUUUUACCUCCAAUGGCCGACACAAUUUGGGAAUAUGGAGAAUCUUAUACUGGCUGCGAGUCCACCUCUAUUUCUCAAGUCACACUGAAUGAAAGUAACAAAAUUGUAAAGAGUCGUGAGUCAACAAACUGUUCUUGUAGAACGAAUCAGGAAUUUAUAGUAUUUUGCAAUAGUGACCCACCUUCAUAUUUAAAAUCAAAAAGAUCGAAUAAUUCAGCUGCAACAUCGAGUAUAAAUAAUUUACCCAGAUUGGCGAAUUAUACAUUCCUAAAACAAAAUAAAUCAAGUAUAGUUUCAAUGGAAGGUGAGUUACUUUGUCAAAAAUGUGGCCAUUUUAAGAGUCCUUUAGAAGCAGCUUCCAUGACAAAACUAUGUACAUGUGAAAACGAAAUCCCUCUUAAUAAUCAAACACAAAUAGUAAUGACUGUUUCAAAUCCUCCAAAGCAAACUUCCUCUUUAUCGGAUAGUGGUCUUUACACAAUCAACUAUGCAAAUAGAGGAAAUACUGGAGCGCAACAAAAUAAGGGAAGAGAACUAAAAGCCAUAGAACCACCACCAAAUCGAGAGAGUGAAGGGAAAGCAUCAGAAACACUUCCAUCAAAUAAACAAGAUCAUGAAACUCAAAUACAAUCGCCCCAAAAUAAAACUGGUAACACAAAAAGUGAUCAACCCACACAAUCAGAUGAGACAGAGCAAACUGAAAAAAUACCAGAUCAUUGUAAAUCAGAAAAGGAAGUACAAAAAACUGACAAGACUGAAAUAAGAUUUAAAACUUGUCCACCUACCAGACAUAAAGAGAUUCAGUGCUCUUGUCCUAAAAUUAAACUACCGUGCGAAUAUUGCUCAAAUGCGUAUACUAAACAAAGAAAAGAUGCUUGUAAAAAAGCAAGGUGUUACGAUAAUAUCAUGAAGCUGUGUCUGCUACCCACGAUAUCAGUUAUAAAAAAAUUGACCGGUGUUGACAAAGAUCCAGCCGACAAAUUGUGUCCACAUUGUAAAGGUAAAGUUGACGAAGCAAAGGCGAGUGAUGAAGACUCUCUUCGCAAUUUGAAAUCAUGUCCUGACGAAACGCCUUGCAGAAAGGGCAGUGAAACUGAUUCAUCAAAGCGUCGACGUCAUACAUGUUCUAAUGUUGAUUGUAAGAAAAAGAAAACUGAAGAUUCAUCGAAGAAACGUCAUAAAUCACAUCACUGCGAUCAACCACAAGCUUACGCCAGUAAUGUGAUCGUCAAUCGAAGGGAAAUAAACGGUGGUAAACAAGACGUUUAUGACUUAGAUUCAAUUAUUCGAGAGCUGGACAAUUUUAAAGAGAAAUGUAGUAGUGAGAAAUUAAACAAACAGUUAUUAAAAGAUUUAAGGAAUGCUAACUGUCGCGAUGUCUUGUAUUUAACUGAAAAAAAUUUGGAUGGCACCAAAUCCGAAAAUACAUUUUAUGCUGUAACUAAAGUUAAUGUUAUAAAGGAGAGUGAUGAGGUAAAAAUUGUUGCAGUCGAACCAGUUUUUAGGAAAUUAUUACAGUGUGGAAUUGAAAGAAAUGUUGUUAAAAGCAAAUAAAGUUUGGAAAAAUUUUA